CCGACAGAGCGCAAAGUGUCCUCCUCCGAACCGUCAAGUCAACAGUCUGUUGCUCCCCCCAUUGAACCAACAAAUCUAUCUUCGGAGAUUAGUGAACUUCCCAUCUCCGCUAUCUACUUCCCUCCUACAGCGCCGGUACCUCUUCCUGCUGUGCAUCACCACAAAACACCCACAAAACAACCUCAAUUGAACCUCACCUUGAUACCUACCAACCUCUCCCGCAAAAGAAACACAACCAUCACAAUGAUCACCGACGACGAGCUCCACCGCCUGGCCGUCUUCCUCGGCAGCUGCGCCAUGAUGAUGAUUGUCCUCUACCACUUCCUCGAAGUCAACGCCAAGGACGACGGCGCCGAACUCGACGCUCCCGCCGAUCAGAAGGUGCCCGGGGUCUCGCAGGAGACGGCUGCGGCUGCUGCGGCCGUGGGAUCGUCGUCGUAGGGUGUGAAUGGGGAAGGGAGGUCUGGCUAGGGAGGAUGGAUACCCACAACCUGAACGUUUUGACUGCUGUUUUCUUGUUUCUUUCUGUCGCGUUUAUUUCUGUGUUCUGUGUCUCGAGUCUAGUUUAAGCGAAUGACUACGGGGUGGAAAAGACCAAAAGGCAAUGGGCUUGUUUGUUUAGAAUACCCGGGCGGUGGUCUUUUGGGCUCCCAUCCAAUGCAUCGUUUACUUUCUAUGAAAUACUUCGCAUGUAUCUUCGUAUGUGUGCAUUGUAUGGAUGUAUAUCACCUUGCAAAUGUUCCCAGCUUUCCCACAAUAUCAAUGUACAAGGUUGUGGUUU